UAUUGUGUGGACUCACUCCCUCCACUCACUCAGAUGCAGACCCUUUCAUCCACUCACUCUCUUCUUCCUCCUCUUUCCCCAAAUUCACAACCUCAAUGGCCACCACCACCACCACCCUUUUACCCCUUUCAUGCUCCAAAACCCAUUUCACACUCCCUACUCUGAAACCCUUUCUUCUCUGCCACUCCUCCAACCACCACCGCCACUACUCUCUUCCCAAAUCUCUCCACUCUUGCAAUUUUGUUCCAGCUCGGCGUGUGGCGUGCAAGGCAACCCAGGUCUCCGUCUCCGAGGAGUCAUCGGCGUCCGGUGACGCUAAUUGGGUCCCCGUGGUGCCGCUGGCGGCGCUUCCUAGAGGGGAGCGGCGCGUGAUUAUUCAGGACAAUGAGACGAUACUGCUGCUGUGGUAUAAAGAUCAAGUGUUUGCCAUUGAAAAUAGGUCCCCUGCUGAAGGUGCCUAUUCUGAAGGAUUGAUCAAUGCCAAGCUCACCCAGGAUGGGUGUAUUGUUUGCCCAACAACUGAUAGCACAUUUGAUCUACGAACGGGAGAGGUCAAGGAAUGGUAUCCAAAAAACCCUGUCCUGAGAGUUCUCACUCCUUCUUUGAGGAAACUCUUUGUAUUUCCUGUGAAAACAGAUGAACAGAAUAUUUUUAUCAGCAUGAGAGGAGGUGUGAAAGAUGUUGCUUCCACAGAAAUUGUCUUUAGUGGGAAGGCUCAACCUGGUGUUACAGCAAGUGAUGUCAAUGUUGAUGAGGUUAGAAUGGUGGUUGAUGAGGAUUCAGUGGGAUUCGGUUUUACUGUGAAGAAUGAAAUAAUAAACGGGAAAGCAGCUGCUAUUGGUUUCCUCCUGCUAUUGGAUUUUGAGCUUUUAACAGGUAAGGGUCUUUUAAAGGGAACAGGCUUCUUGGACUUCAUAUAUUCCGUGUCGAAUGCUCUCAAUUAGACAUCAUCUGUCUCAUUUCCGCUAUGAAAAUAUUCCUUUGACAUAGUUUGUCACUUCAAGUAAUAACAUCUCCUUUUUGAAGGCCUUGUAUCUAAUAUUGUAUACCGUGAGAGAUCAAUGCAAAUGCACAACCUUUUAUUUUCUCUGUUGUCUCUGUAUACUAUAACCAUUUUUUAAAGUUCAGAUUCCAUAAUGAUACCCCAAAAUAUGCUAUUGUUCA